CGGUCAAUAAAAAUAGAUAGAACCUGUUGUAAGUCUAAUUGCAUUUGACAAUAAAAAUGUACUUUUUCAUUUUUUUCAAACAGCACAGGCAACAUCAAGAUUAGAGCAUGUUUGCAAAUACCUAUGGAAAGUAUAAAAAUUUUGAAUGUGGCCUGGUGAUUUCCAGCGAAGAUGUUCAGAAGUUGCACCCCAUUCCCCUAACCAAAGUCUCAGCUGAUGUCACCUGGUUGGAUGUAGGCAUCAAGGUCACCCUCACACAGACCUAUAAGAACAGGGAAACCAAGCCGGUGGAAACACAAUAUGUAUUCCCCGUGGAUGAUAGAGCAGCAGUGUGCGGCUUUCAAGCUGAGAUUGAAGGGAGGACAAUACAUGGAGAAGUGAAGAAGAAACAAGAAGCUAGGGAGAUCUACGAAGAAUCGGUGAAACAAGGAAAAACCGCGUUUCUCGCCGAGGAAACCAAGCCGGAUAUUUUUCAGGUUAAAAUCGGGAAUCUCCCAGCUGGGAGUGUCGCAACCAUAACUCUAACAUAUGUAACACAAGCAACAGCAGAGGGAAAUGCAUUGCGGUUUUUCCUUCCUACGACUAUUGCCCCGAGAUAUAUUCCACUAAGUGACGCCAGCGAAGCUGCCAAAGUUAUCGGCGAUAUCGAUUACUCAUUCUUCUCACCAUGUCCCUUAGAAAUCCAAGUCCAUAUUGAGACAGAACGAAAAGCUUUGUCAAUCAACAGUCCCACACAUGAAAUCAAAAUCUCAUCGAAAAAUGAGGUUUCAGACUCAAAAAGGCACUUCAGGACAGAGGUGAAACUCCUAGGAGUUUCGACAGACAUGGAUAGAGAUUUUGUGAUGCUUCUGGAGACUGAGGCACAUCAUCAGCCAAGACUGAUAUUGGAGAGAGGUUCCGAUUCCACUGUUGCGGCCAUGAUUACAUUGAUCCCAAGUUUCAAACUACCCCCAUUGAAGUGUGAUUUCAUAUUUGUGAUUGACCGUAGUGGGUCAAUGGGUGGGGAAAAGAUGGAGAAGGCGAAAGAUGCAAUGCAGCUGUUCCUAAAAUCAUUGCCAACGGACUCGUAUUUUAACAUCAUGAGCUUUGGCUUUACAUUUUCUUCAUUGUGGGAGGGAAGUGAAAAAUACAGAGAAGACAGCCUACACAAGGCAACUGCACAUGUUCUUGAAAUGGAAGCAAACUUCGGUGGAACGGAAAUUUACGAACCUCUCUCAACUAUUUUCCAGCAGGUACAGCGUGAUGGCUACCAUCGUCAAGUGAUUGUUCUUACUGAUGGUGAAGUGAGCAACACAGAGCAAGUUAUUGCACUUGUAAGAGAAAACUGCAAAACGAGUAAGACAAGGGUUUUUGCCUUGGGUGUGGGAAGUGAUGCGAGUCAUUAUCUCGUGAAUGGUAUUGCACUUGCUGGGAACGGAGAAGCUCAAUUUGCAACCCUGAAAGAAGGACUGAGUGGAAAGGUCCAGCAUCUUCUCAAGAACUCGCUUCAACCUUCACUGACCUCUGUGAAAGUAAUUUGGGCUCACUCAGACACCAUUGAAAAGCCAGAGCCUGGUAGGCCUCAUGAAGUCGUCACUAAGAAAACUUUGCUCGGGUAUGGAAAACCUGCGGCAGGGAAGAAGGAUGUUGUAGGAGAUGAAGAAAUCGAGAGAGUCAGAGACCCAUUGAUGAGAAUCAAGAAAUUCCCUUGUAUUUUUGAUGGCAGUUGUUAUGCAGCGUAUUGCAUUUAUAACAAUCCUAACAUCAUUCCAGAAGCGAUAACGUUGAGUGCUGAUUCUCCAGUGGGGCCGUUAUCCGUGACGUUCCCUGUGAUUCUCGAGGAGAGUUCUGUUCGGAAUAUAGUACACACUCUUGCAGCACAGUCUGUCAUUCGAGAGUUGGAAGAAGAGCUGCAAGAUCGAAUACUCAACAAUGAUGACUAUUCGAAGAAGGAGAACACUGCAAUUUAUUUGGGUAUUAAAUACAACUUGGCAUCCAGUCUCACUUCCUUUGUAGCUGUCGAUGAAAAAGGCGAGAUACAAAGAGAUGCUCCUGUCCUUAGGACCGUCCCCAGCAUGACACCACACGGUUAUGGUGGCUUUGUUGUUGACAAGGGACGCAUAGAACGCUCUAUUGGAAGUGAUUGUCACAUGAACUCUGAUGAAGGAAAAGUCCAGAUUCUUGCGCGUUUGCAAAUUUUUGACGGAUCGUUCUCGUUCGACCUGCAACUGUUGAAACUAAUUGGCUUGACAAGGAAUGAGUUCUUGAAGGAAAGAGAUGAAACGAAAUGUGGGGAUUCGGAGCUGGCCACAGCUCUGGCCGUGGCUUUCAUGGAGAUGAAGUUGUCUGCAUGCAAGGAUCUUUGGGAACUGAUGGCGAAGAAGAGCCGAACUUGGUUGGAAGGGAAUGGGUCUUCUGACCUAAUUGAGAGCGUGAAGCAUCUUAUUCAAUGA